AGCUGCGAAAACCUAGGCGCGCUGCGGCGCCCAGGGCACGGGAAGAUGCAAAGUUUGAAAAACUUCGAGGGUAUGCCAAACUAGCUCUGGUCUUUUCCUUUAACCCUAUUACUUCUUUCGUGUUCCUGAAAGGCUAGGCGUAUCCCUAGCUUUUCUGCAGGUGACAGUUCCCAAAUGACACUGACAAGUCACGUUUCCCCGAGAGGAAAGUGAGUAGGUAGGAAUCAGGGUGCUGGGUUGGGGGUGGUGUGCGCCGCGCCCAGGCCUCCAGAGUCUGGAGGGCAGAGCUGCUGCCCUCCCGGGCGGGACUUAGACGUUGGCGUGCCGCUUGUAGUCCUGGCAGCCGGCAGUGCUGGGCGGGCGUGGACGCUCUACGUCCGUCCAGCAGGAGAUAGGAAGUGGAACUGGGAGCGCGUGGCGCAGGCUGAGCGGGAGUUUUGGAGGGAGUUUGCAUGUGGUCAACUCUGGGCUCCUAAGCCAGCCCCCAGCUCACGUUACACUCUAUUUAUAACUUCUCAGAGCCAUUUCCCCCUGAAAGCAGUUCUCUGGGACCACCUUCUUUUGGCUUCAACCUCUCCCACUCUUGACAUCUGAGUAGCUCAGGGAAGCUCUUCCAGGUCCGACUGUUCAUAUGUAAAGGAGACUGGCCGCUGGGGCUCAGGACCGGGAUUAUCCGAGCUCUGCAGAAGUGCACCGCUAUUGCUUUGGGAGGGUAAAAAAAAAUCACACGGUUUCCAGUGAAAAGUGACAGAGGGUGGUGGCCUUUGGAACCGUCGUGAAGUCUUCUGCCUGGAACCCGAAACUUGCAUGCUAUGGAACACCCGCUCUUUGGCUGCCUGCGCAGCCCUCACGCCACGGCGCAAGGCUUGCACCCGUUCUCCCAAUCCUCUCUCGCCCUCCAUGGAAGAUCUGACCAUAUGUCUUACCCCGAGCUCUCUACUUCUUCCUCAUCUUGCAUAAUCGCGGGAUACCCCAACGAAGAGGGCAUGUUUGCCAGCCAGCAUCACAGGGGGCACCACCACCACCACCACCACCACCAUCACCACCAUCAGCAGCAGCAGCACCAGGCUCUGCAAACCAACUGGCACCUCCCGCAGAUGUCUUCCCCACCUAGUGCGGCUCGGCACAGCCUCUGCCUCCAGCCCGACUCUGGAGGGCCCCCAGAGUUGGGGAGCAGCCCGCCCGUCCUGUGCUCCAACUCUUCCAGCUUGGGCUCCAGCACCCCGACUGGGGCCGCGUGCGCGCCGGGGGACUACGGCCGCCAGGCACUGUCACCUGCGGAGGCGGAGAAGCGAAGCGGUGGCAAGAGGAAAAGCGACAGCUCAGACUCCCAGGAAGGAAAUUACAAGUCAGAAGUCAACAGCAAACCCAGGAAAGAAAGGACAGCAUUUACCAAAGAGCAAAUCAGAGAACUUGAAGCAGAAUUUGCCCAUCAUAAUUAUCUCACCAGACUGAGGCGAUACGAGAUAGCAGUGAAUCUGGAUCUCACUGAAAGACAGGUGAAAGUCUGGUUCCAAAACAGGCGGAUGAAGUGGAAGAGGGUAAAGGGUGGACAGCAAGGAGCUGCGGCUCGGGAAAAGGAACUGGUGAAUGUGAAAAAGGGAACACUUCUCCCAUCAGAGCUGUCGGGAAUUGGUGCAGCCACCCUCCAGCAAACAGGGGACUCUCUAGCAAAUGAAGACAGUCACGACAGUGACCACAGCUCAGAGCAUGCGCACUUAUGAUAUAAACAGAGGACCAGCUCCAUUCUCAGGAAAGAAAUGUUGUGAUGGCAAGCCUUACCCAAACAUCGUUUACACAGAGAGAUGACUAUGGCAGUGAUGUUUCAUAUUAUUAAAUCCAGGCAUUUUGAAUCUGUUUUUCAUGAUUUAUAGAGGGUUUACACAAAGUUCCACUUAUUAAAGAGCUUCCACAGUGAAGAUGGAGAAGGUGAACUUGCUUUGAAUAUUCCAGAUGUGUUUGGUCGUGCGUAUGGCAGUGAGCAGGUAUGUGUUUGCUUUUGCUUGCACUGAAAAUUAAAUUGCUAUCAAGAGCAAACUACGAACGUUUUUAUUCAAGAUGUCUCCAGAGUGAAGAUGCCGAGGAUGAACUUGCAUUGAACAUUCCAGAUGUGUGAGAUCAUGUGUAUUACAGUGGGCAGGUAUUUGCUUUUGCUUGCACUGAAAAUUAAAUUGCUAUCAAGAAUAAACCAUGAAACAUUUUAUCCUGAACAGCCACAGUGCCUGAAUUCACUCAAGUGGAUAAAAAGUGUAUUUUAACUCUGUAUAUAUUACCCUUAAGUCAUUUUCCUGUCUUCACUAAUUUAGCAAUGCAUUCAUAUUAGCUGAUGAAAAUAGGCACUCACAAUGACAACCAGAGCCAGUUUCUUGUCUUUUUUAUACAUUUUGUCAUCCCAGAGGCAAUCAGUAUGUGCUUACCUGUGUUCAAGUAGAGAAAAAUACAGUAGAGUCUGAUAGGACAUAUUCUUGUACCACAGACAAAACAAAUCUUAUGUUGCAUUUACUAUCAACUGCUGCUAAUACAUUAUUAUAAAACUUACCUAGCUCCUGAAUUCUUCCUAUCUUAUAGCUUAAAAAAAUUAGGAUCAUAGGCAAAUCAGUUACCUUGCAGAAAGAGCUUUGUAUGACAGACAUUGUCUUAUUUUAUUUCUGUAAAAUAUUAGCUGUAUGAAUAUGAUUUAAUUAACAAGAAAACAUUUCUUCCUGAUUGACAACAGUGUUAGACAAGGUGCAAAGUGAAACUGGUUGCUCAAGUUGAUAGAAAACAAAAUUCUGAAUAUCUUCAAAUUAAAUUCGGUAAAAACACAUUAUUUUUUCAUAUGUGAUGUAUUCAUGCAGAACAACUAUCUUUGUAUUUUGUUUUUAAAAUGUGUUUAAUAAAUGAUCCUUUGUAAAUAA